AUGUAUGAAACGCGUCGCAGGUUCCGCUGGCGGCUUAACUUCAUCCGCCUGGCCUUCCGCUUCAACGCCGCUGACGGCCUGUUUCUCACAUUCCAGCAAUGGCUCUUCCAAAUUGGAGAUGUCGACCGCAUCAGAGCCAACGCCAAGAAGCUGGCGGCUAUGGACGAAGCUGCCAGCGCCAAGAACAAGGACAAGGUAAAAAAAGAAGACAGGAAAGCUGCCAGCGGCAAGAACAAGGACAUCAAGAUAAAGAAAGAAGACAGGAGGAGCCAAGAUAUGGACACAGUGACAAGAAAUAAGCAGCAGAAUCGGUCAUCUUUUCGGAGCAGCAACGAAGUGGGCAAGCAGAGAGCAGUCCAAAACGCUGUGGCUGAUGUGAUCCAGCCCAAGGCGACGGCAGCGACUCACCAGCAGCGACUUGAAGCGUACGACUCCGACGACUGGCAACAGUACGAUAUCCCUGACAGAGCCACUGGCGAGAGCAUGCCGCUAGCGGACGAGGCCGUUGCUUUGCAAGAGAGUGCGGGACUGUUGUCGGCCACGCCAAAGGACACAGCGCACCAGCAGGACGCACAACCUGAGGAGCUACGGCUGCCGACGGAGGACAUGGAGGACUUGCCGGCAGAGGAGCGUGUGCCGGCGGAGGACGGCAUCUCGGCAGGGGAGGAGGAGGCGGAGGAGGAAGAAGAGUCCGCGGAAGGCACAGGGGUUGGCGAGGAGGUGGAGGAGGAGGAGGAGGAGGAGGAUCUUCUCCCCACAGGCGAAACCCCGGACGAAUGGUUCAAUCGUAUCGUGGAAGAGUCCGAGGAGACAGCACGACGUGCGCUGGGCCGGAUUCCCCUGGAGUCUUCGACAGAGGGCUUGACCGGUUGUUGUAAUAAGCGGGAUCGACCACAACCGCCGCACACCGAUGGCCCUGCUAGCUAUAUCCGCCGGGCCAUCAGCAUGGCAUCGCCCUUCCGUCACAUCAUACAUGCACGAUCAUCUAAGGCGGCCCGAGUGGCUCGUGCGAUCGACGACCGACCGGUGGUUAACGUUCCUCAGAAGCCGGGUCCGACCACCAGACGAAGGAAGGUGUUUUCCCCUUGCAUGCGGGUAGCUCACACGCAGAAGCCGUCCUGGACUUCCAGCAUUCCGGGCAGAGUCACUGGUGACCAAGGUGUUGAGAAAGCGAUGCGGACCUUCGGUCUCUCUGACCGGGCUUACCACUGCAAGCAAAUGAGUACAGACGUUAAACUGACGAGCAACGAUAUGGAACGCUUAUUACAAGUGCCCUACAGCUAUUACCUGGACGGCCUCGCCUUCCCGGCUGGAUAG